UGUAUUAUAAAUAAAUUAUAAAAUAAGGGAGGAGAGUGGUUUUCCUGGUUCAAUUUUUUUCAUUCAAAGAAGCAAAAAUGGCAGCCACUACCAUGACGACUGCUACUGCUCUCCCACGAUUCAGUGGCCUGAGACCCUCAGCUGCCCCUGUAAAAUCCCUGGCAGCUGUUCAGCCUACAAGGCGAAAGGGAAAUGGAGCCCUGGGUGCUCGUAUGGAUUUCAUUGGUUCGCCCACAAAUUUGAUAAUGGUGACUAGCACAAGCCUCAUGCUAUUUGCUGGGAGAUUUGGGUUAGCCCCAUCAGCAAACAGGAAGGCAACUGCAGGAUUGAAGCUUGAAGUGAGGGACUCGGGCUUACAAACUGGCGAUCCAGCUGGUUUCACUCUUGCUGAUACCUUGGCAUGUGGGAGUGUUGGUCACAUAAUUGGUGUUGGAGUUGUUCUUGGUCUUAAGAACAUUGGUGCAUUGUAAAAAUCUUUAUAAGCAUCUUGAUCGAAGUACUUUGCUUUUAAUUCUGUCUCUGCCGUUUUCCUCCCCAUGUAAAUGCUUCUUUGUCUGAUAUUUUGAGGAACAGCUUGUCGUCAA